AUGGGUGAAACUUCUUGUACGAGCGCCAAGAAUAGAGGAAACGUUGUGGAGAGUGUCGGUGAUCCGAUUGUACAGACCGAUGAGCUACCGCAACCGAUUUCUAUUUUAUAUAGUAGAUCGGCAUCUCCAACGAAUAUUAAAGGUUCUGCAAAAGUUCCUGAGAUUGUACAAGUGUUGGAGUCAAAUAGUUUGGAACGGACUUUAAGUUUGGUGAAGUCUGGCGAGAAUUUCGAGGAUAAAAUUUCGUUGGGUGCAGGAGAGGAGAAUGGAAACGAGAAGGACCCUAAAAGAAAUGCCAAGUCUUUGCUAACUGAUGAUGCAUCCCCUGUGACUAGUACUGUUGUAUCCUUUACUGUCUCUGAGGCCGAAAAACAUCCUAAACACAGGUAUUCGAUAUCUUCGAGACCAACAAACGGGAAAGGCUCUCAAUUGACCUCCCCGAAUGGAAGUUGCGACAGUUUAAUUAACAGUUCAACAAAACAUGCUACCAAGACUAAUAAUGCGAGUAUCGAUAAUAUGACUUCUACUAUUGAUGAUAAAACUAUAAUGAAAAACGACGAUGCAAAUAACUCGACAAGUACCCUAAGUAAAGAAAAUAAUUUGAAUCCCUCCAAUAUGAGAGGGAUGUCAACUAACAAAGAAGAUGAGAAAUCUACUGAUGAAAAAAAUUGCAUAGUUCACAUGCCUGGUGAUUUUAUUUAUUUCGACGCCACUAAUGGUAAGGAGACCGGGAAACAAUCGCCAGUAUUAACUCCUGUGAUUCCUGCAAUCAAGCCAAACGCAAAAGCAAGGAUUGUACCACCAACGGGACCUCAUAUUCCAUUUACAGACUUCUUAUCAAAGGAAGAUGACGGUAAAUUCCAUAUUUUAAUUGGCGCUACGGGCUCUGUUGCCACAAUCAAAAUACCUUUACUGAUUGACAAAUUAUUUAAAAUAUAUACGCCAGAGGAAAUUUCCAUUCAGCUAAUUGUGACUAAACCUGCUGAACAUUUUUUGAAAGGUCUAAAAAUUUCUUCCCAUGUAAACAUCUGGAGAGAGGAAGAUGCAUGGUCCGGGAGUAACAAAUUAGGAGAUUUAAUAUUAAAUCAUGAACUAAGGAAAUGGGCUGACCUUUUUUUAAUUGCCCCUCUUUCUGCAAAUUCGUUGGCUAAAAUAGCAAAUGGUAUUUGUGAUAAUUUAUUGACACAAACAGUCAGAGGUUGGCAAUCAAAUGCGCCAUUAAUUGUGGCACCUGCAAUGAAUACGUUCAUGUACACAAAUCCAAUGACCAAAAAGCAUUUAUCUUUAUUAGAAGAAGAUAUGCCUAAUGUUAUUAUAUUACGACCAGUAGAGAAAGUUUUAAUAUGUGGUGAUAUUGGCAUGGGUGGUAUGACCGAAUGGAAUGAAAUAGUUGAAAUAAUACGACAAAAAAUAAUAGAAAUUAAGAAAGCCAGAUUAGAAAGACAAAAAGCAGUCUUGAAACAAGAGAGUGCAAGUACGGAGGCAAAUAAACUUGACGCUAGUGAUGCCGACAUUGAAGAUGAAAAUGAUAAUGAUGAUGAUGACGACGACGAUGACGAUGAAGAAGACGACGAUGAAGAAGACGAUGACGAUGACGACGACGACGACGACGAUGAUGAUGAUGAUGAUGAUGAUGAUGAUGAUGAUGAUGAUGACGACGACGAUGAAGAGAUUAAAGGAAAGCACAAUUAG